AUGUCGGCAGCUGCACUAGGAGUCUUGGCGGCUCUCCAUGGUCCGCCAACCACUGGAGUAUUGAAACCCAAACCCAAAGUUUCUGCUACGGACCGGCGAUCGAUUCUGUGGACCGAACAGAAGACGAGGGAUGGGUCAGAGAAGGGAAGGUUGGAGAAGAAAGCACAUGCACAUGCACAUGCACAGCAGCCGAGCAAGGGAUUGGAGGAGGUGAAACUUGGUUUGAGUAUACAAGAUUACUUGGAGCGUUCCAAGCACAUGAUCAGAUCAGAUGACGGUGGACCGCCUCGUUGGUUUUCUCCCUUGGAGGAGGACACUACUGGUUCUCCUCCCCCCUUAGACGACGACUGUCCUCUCUUGCUAUAUUUUCCAGGAAUUGAUGGUGUUGGACUUGGACUUAUUUUGCAUCAUCAAAGACUUGGAAGGAUUUUUGAUAUAUGGUGCUUGAAUAUUUCCAUUAUGGAUCGAACGACAUUUAUAGACCUGGUGAAGCGUGUUGAAGGAACAGUUAGGUCAGAGAACAACCGUUCACCAAACAGACCCAUAGACCUUGUUGAAGAAUCCAUCGGAGGAUGCCUUGCAUUAGCUGUUGCUGCUCAGAAUCCAGAUGUCGAUCUUAUGUUGAUUUUAUCCAAUCCAGCUACAUGUUUCAAGAAGUCGCCACUGCAACUUCUAACAACUUAUUUGGAAAUCAUGCCUGAGCAGCUCCAUCUUAGUGCACCUUAUAUGCUGUGCUUAGUAACUGGUAUACCUUUAACAAUGGCGAUGGCUACUGUGAAGAAAGGAUUUUCUCUGCAAAAGAGAGUUGGGGAGCUAUCAUAUGGUUUAAUGGCAUUAUCAUCUUAUCUUUAUGUUCUGGCUGAUGUUUUACUUAGAGAAACACUUCUCUGGAAGCUGCGGAUGCUCAGAUCAGCUGCAGCAUAUGCGAAUUCACGUCUCCAUGCUGUCAAAGCACAGACAUUAAUACUUUCCAAUGGGAAGGAUCAAUUACUACCAAGUGAAGCGGAAGGUGAAAUACUUCAUCGUGUGCUGCCGAGAUGUGAGAUUUGUAAAUUUGAUGCGAGCGGUCAUGCCUUUUUCUUGGAAGAUGGUGUUGAUCUUGUAACUAUCAUAAUGGGUACUAGUUUUUAUCAUCGUGCAAGAUACCUUGACUAUGCCUCAGAUUACUUGCCACCAAGCCCUUCUGAAUUAAAAAAAAUACAUGAAUCAUUGAGAUGGAUAGAGGUGGCUACUAGUCCGGUGAUGCUCUCAACUUUAGAGGAUGGAAAGGUUGUGAGAGGCCUUUCAGGGAUUCCUUCUGAGGGACCAGUCUUGCUUGUUGGCUAUCACAUGUUACUAGGGUUAGAAAUGAUGCCUAUUGUGUCCAGUUUUUGGGCUAAAAGAAACAUUCUCUUGCGAGGGAUAGCACAUCCAAUGAUGUAUAGGAAUUUGAGAAAUGGAGAAUCACCUUUAAUACCUGAUAUAUCAACAUAUGACAUACUCAGAAUCAUGGGUGCAGUUCCUGUAUCAGUGACUAACUUCUAUAAACUUCUUUCUUCAAAUGCCCAUGUGCUGCUGUAUCCAGGAGGCAUGCGCGAGGCUCUUCAUCGAAAGGGUGAGGAAUACAAGUUGUUCUGGCCAGAACAGUCUGAAUUUGUGAGGAUGGCAGCUAGAUUUGGAGCAACAAUUAUACCUUUCGGAUCUGUUGGAGAAGAUGAUAUUGGUCAAUUGCUUGUUGAUUAUGAUGACCUAAUGAAGGUUCCUCAUAUUAAGGCUAAGAUUAAAGAAGUGGCAGAAGCAGUCUUGCAAUCGAGGACUGACGAUGAUGGGGAGCUUGACAACCAAGAUCCACACCUUCCACUUAUUCUAACAAAACUUCCAGGCCGUUUCUAUAACCUCUUUGGAAAGCCAAUUGAAACAGAAGGGAGGAAGCGGGAAUUAAGGAAUAGGGAUAAAUCACAAGAGUUGUAUCUAGAAGUGAAGUCUGAGGUUGAGAGAUGCAUGGCUUACUUGAAGGACAAAAGGGAACAUGAUCCGUAUAGGAAUAUAUUGCCUCAGACAAUUUACCAGGCAAUGCAUGGCUUCGACUGUGAAGUCCCAACAUUCAAACUUUGAUCAGUUUCAUCAUGGAAGGUACUUGCAAUCGAGUAGAUGGUACUAAGGUGUGAUCCUUCGGCUUUUGGUGAGGAGGAUUAUGGCAAACAUUACAUCUAUCUUGACUUCUAAAUUGUUUACUUUUAAGUUGAUCUGCUAAGCUGGUCCCGAGUUCUUGCCAUGAUCCUUGUGGUUAGUCCCAAUGUUUUUAGAAGAAUUUUAAUACACAGGAGAGAACGGUGCCAGCCCACUUCAUGGAUGAAGUACCUUUUUGUUGCUUGUUUUUUAAUCACAUUUUCACUACAUAGCGUGUGUAACAAAACAAAUAAAACAAAUGCAAGUUGUCUAUA